CGCACCCCUGCCCUUCCCUGCCCUGCCCUGCCUGCCCUCCCCUCCACCAAGCUGUGCACACCCAUCAACACGCCAUGUCUGCCUCCACGGCUGCAUACAAGGACCGCCAAUUCCUCGCCGUCAUCGGCGACGAGGAUACCGUUACCGGCAUGCUUCUGGCAGGCGUCGGACAUGUCACGCAACCUCCAGACUCCCAGAAGAACUUUAUUGUCGUCGAUGCAAAGACGGAGAACUCGGCCAUCGAGGCAGCCUUCGACCGCUUCACUGUCGAGCGGAAGGACAUUGCAAUCUUACUCAUAAAUCAGCACAUCGCUGAACGAAUAAGGCAUCGCGUCGAGACCUACACGGCAGCAUUCCCCUCCCUCCUCGAGAUACCUUCCAAAGACCAUCCCUAUGACCCAGAGAAGGACAGUGUACUGAAGCGAGUGAGGAGAUUGUUUGGAGAGUAGGCAUGGAGGGUCCCAGUUGGAAGCCUGUCUUGUGCCGGCUCGGUGGUAGACUUGGCGCGAAAGUAUAUAUACUGCAAGGAUCACACUGCAAAGAUUACACUGCAAACAUAUCCAAAUCACUGCAGUAGAGUGCGGUUCAAAGGAGAAACGUCCAUUGACGUUCGCGUCCAUAAUGAUGAAUACCAAAUACAAGCACAGAGCUCGAACCGCUGUCGCUGUGGUCUCGAAUCCGCU